UCCCUCAAGUUGCAAAACUCCUAAUGAGCAAAUCAAGCCUUAGCACACAACAAAGAAUGCACAUUGGGGAGGAGGAGUUGAAAUGUUCAGAAUGUGGAAAGAGCUUCAGUCAGAGAAAGAGCUUUAUUAGGCAUCGGAGAAUUCAUGCAGCAGAGAGUCCAUAUAAAUGCUUGGAGUGUGGAAAGAACUUCAGCCAGAACUCAAGCCUUACUUAUCAUCAAAGAAUCCACACAGGGGAGAAACCUUAUCAAUGUUUGGACUGUGGAAAGAGCUUCAGUCAGAACAUAAGCCUUACAAGACAUCAAAGAACCCACACAGGGGAGAAACCAUACCAAUGCACGGAGUGUGGAAGGACCUUCAGCGAUAGCUCGAGUCUUACCUCCCACGGCAGAAUCCACACCGCGGAGAAACCGUAUAAGUGCUUAGAGUGCGGAAAGAGCUUCAGUGACAGCAAAAGCCUUGGAAGGCAUCACAGAAUACACACCGGGGAGAAGCCCUAUAGCUGCCCUGUGUGUGGAAAAUGCUUCGUUUGCAGCUCACACCUUAAAUCGCAUCAAAGCAUCCACACUGGGGAGAGGCCCUAUAAGUGCUCCGAUUGCGGGAAGAGCUUCAGCCGCCGCGCGCACCUUAGGCUGCAUGAAAAGAUCCACACGGGGGAGAAGCCCUAUAAAUGCCCUGGUUGUGAAAAGUGCUUCAGUCGUAGCACGUACCUGAAAAUGCAUCAAAGGAUCCACACGGGGGAGAAGCCGUAUACGUGCUCAGAGUGUGGAAAGAGUUUCAGGCGGAGGAACCACCUCUGUAAGCAUCAAGAACUCCAUACAAGGGAGAAACUGUAUACACUGUCGCUGGGUGGAAAGACCUUCAGUCAGAGCAUGCGGAUCAGGUCCCGUCAAAGGAUCCAGACCAGGCGGAAGGACUGUAGGAAUUCAGGCACUCUUAGUAAGGCUCUCUGCUUUCCUUGGCUGAUAGAUAUUGGAAGUAAUGCAAGGGAGAGCGAACGGCAGAAAAGGAAACCCGGAGAAAAACCAAAGAGGAAGAAGAAACCCGUUGGUUCUGACGACGCUGCUUUCCAUGAAAUUCCAGAGUCGCAAGAACGUUACGAAGGGAAUAUCCCUUUACGUGCAAAACUCUUAACUAGCAAAUCAGACCUUAGCACAAAUGGAAGAAUUCACACCGGGGAGAAGCUGUAUAAAUGCUCCGAGUGUGGAAAGGGUUUCGCCAAGAGCGGAAGCCUUACAAGACAUCACAGAACCCACACAGGGGAGAAACCGGGAAUGUUGCUCACUGAAAAAAUGUUUGUAGUGCAGGAAGAAGUUCAGGCGGGUGCCAUGGGGCUGCCUUCACGGCGCUGCGUUGGUGCUGCUCCAGUAAGCCCCACGGUGUCGCUGGUGUACGGUGGCGGCAAAUAG